UUGUAUUGAAUUCAUUAAAAAAUUUUCCAUGAUCUAUCUCUUAAUUAUUUUAUGACGCGAAAUUCUUUAAGAAUAAUAGAAACUGAUUUAGGCGCUGUUCCUGUCUGAUCAUAAGCCGACUCUCUACUCACGUUGCCGCGAAACAUGUGCUAACGUCAUUGAAGCAGCAAGACGCGAUUUUCUGGUUUCAGCGGAGGCAGGAAUCGCGGCGGCAGCCGAGAUGAAGCAACCGGAGGAGAGAACGGAGGAGGAGAAAAUGGCGUUGCUGGGCAGACCGCGGCUGGGCGAGGUAUCCCGGGCUCAGAUCAGGAUCAAAGAGUCCAAAGAGUUCAAGAAUACAGUGGAUAAGCUCGUUCAGCGAGCAAACGCCUCCAUAAUACUCGGCACAAGCUCUUGGAAGGAACAAUUUACGGAAGCGCUUACCGUCAGCGGGGGCGAUGAAGACGAGGAGGGUGGUCAGCCCUCUUCACCAUCGGCGAUGGAUUAUCUCAUGCAUUCGCUCACCAUCUUCUGGAAGGUUCUCUUCGCCUUUGUCCCGCCUACCGAUAUCGCCAGCGGUUACUUAUGCUUCAUCGUCAGCAUCCUAGGGAUCGGUGUUGUGACGGCAGUAAUCGGUGAUGUCGCCUCGUAUUUCGGUUGUACUUUGGGCAUCAAGGACUCCGUCACCGCGGUGGUAUUCGUCGCCCUUGGCACCAGCAUCCCCGAUACGUUCGCGAGUAAAGUGGCAGCUUGCCAGGACAAGUACGCCGACGCGAGCGUGGGCAAUGUCACCGGGAGUAACGCGGUGAACGUCUUCCUUGGGAUCGGCGUCGCGUGGAGUAUCGCCGCCAUUUAUCGUGCCUGCCACAGCGAGCCGUUCCUCGUCGAACCCGGCAACUUGGCCUUCUCUGUCACCAUAUUCUGCAGCGAGGCUUGCCUGGUGAUCGCGGUGCUGUUGGUAAGGCGAACGAAGUCGAUCGGCGGCGAAUUGGGUGGACCUUUUAUACCGAAAGUUGUCACAUCCGCGUUCCUGUUCUCUCUCUGGCUGCUCUACCUCAUCAUGUCCACCCUCGAGGCCUACGGCGUAAUCCAGGGCUUCUAAACUAAAAAAAAGGCCCGUGCGACGCCAUUACGUCGGCCUAUCCACUGCGUAUAUAUCUUAGCUCUGGCGUCCGCCAAGGCGUGUGCUCAACGAAACUUCUAUCCGGAUACAGAAGCGGAAUCGGAAUGGCACGAUUCCGCGAAGAACAAAUUCUGAACUGUGCCGGGAACUCACAUAAGUUCACCCCUGACCUGAGACAAUUAACAACGAACAUGAUCGCGUGACGUAUUAAAUGCGUGAAUACGUGUAUGUGUGUGCGUAUGCGUGUGUAGAUAUCUGAAAGCGCAAGUGUGCGUGCUUGCGUGAAUCCGUCUAAUGAAAAGAAGAAAGAGAAUCGAUCGAGGAGAGAACGAACGAAGGAAGAAAAAGUAAGGUGGCGAAAAGUGCGUGAGAAAAAGUGAGUUUGCCUUAAAAUUAUGCAAAAAAAAAAAAAAAAAAAAAAAAAAAAAAAAAAUAAGUGCGUUCUAGUCAUGCCAUAUUCCCCGCGAGGAGAAUUUGGUUGCAAUCAAAAAGGAAAAGAGAAGAAGUGACGAUAAUAUAAGAAAAUAUACCUAUGUGUAUGCGGAUAAAAAAGAACAUCUCGUGAGUACGUACGCGUAUUUAUUUAAUCCUCUAAGAAGAGGAUUUCGCGAGUACAGUUUCUAUGGUAUUUUAGUAGCGGACUGUAUUGUGCAAUUCCUUUUUCGCCAGAGAACGCGACGUCGCUAAUUUUAUAUACACGUAUAUAUUAUUGUACGAUAUAUUCCUUUUAUGUGUUGAGGGAGUCUCUCUCUUUGAUGUCGGAUCGAUUUACGUAAGAAGAUUUCAAAGAAAUGCGAAAGCACCUGAGAAAAAAAUGAGCAGCUAUUGAACGUAGUUGUGCAAUACAGGACCAGCUUUGAAAAUCAAAUUUUUAAUCUCUCUCUUUCAUUUCAUAUAACAUUUUAAAAAUUAUUUUCUAUUCUAAUAUUACAGUUCUGACAAUGAUCGUUGAAUUAUUGUAUUUUCCAUUGAAAAUAUCUUUUUUCCUCGACGUAAUUCUUUCGGUAAAAUGUAUAUUGUUUGCGACGAAACGUCAAAGUAAAACUUGCAAUCUUUGAGAUUCGAGAGGUGGCGAUUGGUCCGACAUUGCACGACCGCGUCGGAUUUGUGGUAGAAUUCGAAAACAUAGUGCAUUUUAUCGUUGCAAUAAUUGCAUAGCCAGAAAAUGUGUGUAUGUGUGCGUGUCUGUACCACACGCGUACGGAUCUAGUCGGAUUUGCCAUUUUAGUGAGAUUUGCCAAUGGUCAAAGUUGCCAUUGGGAAAGUCAUCCUUUCAUCUCGGAUCUAGAACAGCCGAUGUCAUUGCCAUCUGUCAUGUGUGAAAUGAAUAAAUAAAUAACUUUUUGACAAACGACCGCAAGUAAAUUGCGCGAUUUAUUUUACGUGUAAAAGAUCGGAUAAGCUUCUAAAAAAUGGGGCAAAAAAAUAAUUAAAAUUUAAAAAAAAAAUUUUUUUUUUUAUUGUAAAUGCCAUAUAUAACGAUUUAAAUUUCAAAGUGAGACACAUGGCGUAGUAGAAUUUAGAUCUCAGGCAACCCGGUUGACGAUUUAUAAAUCCCUCUCAGCGCGUUUGCGAUGAAAAAUUAUACUUUCCCGUUAUUCAGAUUAGAUUUUUACACAGGAACGUCGUAGACUAGGUUUUCGUUAAUACGAGUCAAUGUUAAUGACUCGUCUGUCCAAAUCAUAUCUUUCAAACCUUAUAUAGACGAAUAAUUUAUAGAGAGCGUUCAUAAAUGAGUAAUAAUUACUUGAAUUUAUGGAUGGUUUCAUUACAAUCGUAAUGAAACAUUGAUCAAACAAUUCUCUUUGUCACUUGUCAUCGACUCUUGAAAAUUACAACAUUGAUUACAAUUAUGUAUAAUUAUAAUAUGCUUCAUUGAGGUUGAAACUAGCAAUUAGAGCAGCUAUAUUAUUUCCAUAACAAUUCAACACGUAUAUACAAGUGUAAGAUUCCGCAAGAAUUCAUAAAAUUAUUGCACGAUAUUAUUGACAAAAUAUAAAAAAUACAAUUUUGAAAACAGAUUUCGCUCUCAUACCUUAAAAAUUUAGAUAAAUCUUAAAAGACAUAAUAAAAAAAAAAAAAAAUCUGGAAAAAACGCAAAGCUUGUGUAUAACACACACAUUUUCUAAUCUUUCAAAUAUUUUUUGGAUGGAUAUCUUCGGAUAUCUGUCAGCUAUUGCUAUUUUUAUUAUUUUCUUAUGAACGUCAUUAAAGAGGGAUUUCGAAAUUGUCGUUAAUCAAGAAAACAACGUGAAUCGUUAACAAACAUAAUAACUAUCUUGCCAGCAAGAUCACGUUAUUAAAUACCAGCAGAAACAUAUUUACAAUUGUUAAGGAUAGCUAGGUAUCGCGACAAACGUUAAUUAGACUUGUCCCUCCCCUCUUCUCCCGCGAGUUGCAUCGCGGCCUUCGUUCGAAUGUAUAAAUCGCACUCGUUUUUUUUCAAAAUUACAACGUAGAGAAUUACAUUUUUUUUCCGCGAUCAAUGUGUAAUCUAAUAUGUGUGGAAUCAAAUGUUUUGAAUUUUUAUUUUAUGCGAUUACAUUCUUGUAAUUCGAUCGCGACAUUCUUGUACGUCAAAAGUUCAAAAACAUCGACGUUAUGAUGAAAAAAAUACGAUUCUUUACGAUGUCAAUUUUGAGAAGAAGAGGCGUAUAAAAUGUUCUCGUUGGUCUUCACUGCCUUUGAUCGAGGGUCGCGUCAUACGCGGGGCGAACAGUUAUUCAACAGUUAUUCGAAUUAGGCGCACUAUGACCCAAUGACACCCAAUUUAGGAUGUUAAAACGAUUCCCGAUAUGAUACCGCUUCGAAAUCGCAUCUGCAUACAAAAUCUGGAUUCAGAGUGUAUGUCAGUGCGUCUCCCCCUUCCCCCUAACCCCAUUUGCGCGACCAGUAUUGAAUUUUAAGUUUGCAAUUGUUACAGGAAUCUCGUACGAUUUUAGGGAGAUUUUUAGAGUACGUCUGAAUAGGCGGCUGUUUUUAGAGAGCGCGACAUGUUCUAUGGACAGAAGCAAGGAAAUACCUCAUAUGAACAUGAUGCGAAUAUUAUUGCUAGCAUUUUGUAAUCGGCUUUUGUAACACGCACCGUGAAGGAAGAAAUUGUUUCUCACACACACAUUCUCUCUCUCCCCCUCCCCUGUCAACAAUUAAUCUCAGAUUUAAUCUCUGUCGUGUGGUCUUAAGACGAGGUGCUCUCUCUUACAGGAUGUCGCUUUAAAAUUGUUGCAUCUAAACGAGCUGCACGUAUGUGGGUAAGCUCGUUACAUGUUUGUUUCUCUGAGUAUCAAUCUAAUACAUCUGAAGUGACAAAUACGACAUAAUUAGUGGCUGCUGCACAGUAUUACGAAAGCGUGGUGAUGAAUUAUCGGUCGAUAGCGCUAAUGAUUAGCGUUAAUUCUGAUUCUCAAGCUAUUGCUUUAUCUGCGGUAUAUAGAUAAAAACACGAU